ACACGUUCGAUGUUGAUUUCAAGCGCCAUGUCGGGUUGGCGCUCAGGAAACACGUGCGGGCCUACACGGACGCGUGGAUCGUGCCUAAGCAUCAUUAUCUUUGGCACGCAGCUGUGCAGGCGGCGGAGGAUGGGUUGAUGCUCGACUGUUUCGUGCUCGAGCGAAAACACAAGCUCAUCAAGGACACCGCGGAGCACUACGACCGCUUGGGCGGCAUGGACAAGGAUGUGAUCACCCAAGUUGUGGCUACGUACUUGCACGAGUCCUCGGCCGCGCCGCGCCAGUCGCACAAAUGGUGGCCGACCCCUGAGCUCGACGGGAUCAUCGGGCAGCGCGGCUCGCACGUGCACCAGGGCCUAUCCAGGCACGGCGCAAUCACUUGUCGUCGAGCUGCUGUCGGCGGCCUCGUCUACGGCAGCGGGGACGUGUGGCUCGAGGGCGACGCCGCGUUCCACGUCCACUGCGUGGCGGUGGCCGCGGGGCGCUCCUACCUCAUCGUGGAGCCGCUGGACCUGGCGUCGCGGCCUGCGCCUGGGGAGUCCGCGUG